AUGGCGCCACGCACGCAAUUGGAGAUCACUACUUCGUCUGUCUUGCGCCUGGUUAAGGAAGAAGCGUCUUACCACCGCGAAUUGCAGGAUCAAACAGAACGAAUUAAGAAACUAGAGAGUGAACAGGGCGGUGAUGAGAACAAAGAGUAUAUGUUGAGGCAGGAGCGUCUUGUACUCGAAGAAACCAAGAAGGUCCUACCAAGUUUGAAACAGAAGAUCGAAGAAUCGAUAAGGAAGCUUCAGAGUCUCCUGACUGAGGAGGGCAACAAAGGACCUGAGAGCAAUGUCGAGCAUAUCAAUGCUGCCAAGGACGCUAUUUCAAAGGCCAGGACGGCAGAGAGAGAGAUCGCUUGA